AUGCCAAAAGCAAAAGCCCCAACAACAAAGAAAGCCGCACCCGCAAAGGGUGGAAAGCCAGCAGACGAAAAGGUGAAGGGUGCAUCAAAGAUCAAAUGUCGACAUAUUUUAUGUGAAAAACAAUCGAAGAUACUUGAGGCUCUUGCCAAAUUGAAUGAAGGAAAGGCGUUCAACCAAGUUGCGAUGGAGUAUUCAGAGGACAAAGCAAAAGAUGGAGGAAACCUUGGGUGGGUUGUGAGAGGACAAAUGACGGGAGAUUUCCAAGAGAUUGCAUUUAAUGCACCAGUGGGAAAGUAUACACAACCUUUUAAAACUCAACAUGGGUAUCAUAUCGUUUUGGUUGAAGAUAGAAAACAGUGA